UGUACACUUCGAUAAGUUUUUGACCAUUGAUUUUUUCUUUCCAUUUGUGUACUUAAGAUUUUCAUGGCGACGAUAAAAUCCCUGAUCAUUAAUCCAUAGAUUCAUUUUCAGAUAUACACCGCCGGAAUCUCGAAUCAGCGCUUCCAUUGCUUUUCCAACAGUUGUCGAAAGAUUAUUCUCCUUCCUGCAAGGAAGCAGUGCAAUUAGAGCUACAUCGAAUAUGUCUACCAAUGGAGGCGACGCUGAGAAAAGGAUGGUUCACUUCAAUCUGUCUCCCACGAGGGUCCUGAAGAUUCAGAAAGGAGAUAUCACUCGUUGGUUCAUCGAUGGCUCCUACGACGCUAUUGUUAAUCCUACAGACGAGGGAAUGCUUGGUGGUGGUGGUGCUGAUGCAGCUAUACAUCGAGCUGCUGGCCCAGAGCUUCGAACAGCAUGUUAUGGUGCUGGUGAAGUUCGCCCUGGAAUACGUUGCCCAAUUGGAGCAGCAAGAAUGACUCCAGGGUUUAAAUUGCCUGCAUAUCGUGUAAUCCACACUGUUGGUCCUGUUUAUAAUGAAGAUGAGAAUCCUGCAGCUACCUUGCGUUAUGCAUACAGGAACUGUUUGCGUUAUGUAAGUGGGAACAGUCUUAAAUAUGUUGCAUUUCCUGCCAUAUCAUGUGGUGCCAAUGGAUAUCCUUUUGAAGAAGCUGCAACUGUGGCCAUAUCUACAAUUAGAGACUACCCCAUUGAUCGCCUUAAAGAGAUUCACUUUGUGCUAUAUUCCGAUGAUAUCUACAAUGUUUGGGUGAAGAAAGCUGAAGAAUUACUGAAAAACUAGCACAUUUGGCUUUAGAAGCGUGUACUAUAUACUGGAGAUUGUAUCAUAGAUCCGUAUUUUCUGUUUAUGCUUUUAAUAUUCUGGUUUGUUACUUAAUGUAAUUAUUAAAUAGUUUGAACUUAUUAUUAUCAAACAAUAUUUCAUUUUAUAUAUUUGUUUUCUUGAUCUGAUUUUUAUGGUGGUGCCUGAAAACAUUUAAGAC